AUGAAGAUUUCGCUUGCUCUCUUAACAUGCCUCUCGUCCCUUUGGCGAGAGGCAGUGGCUUCACGCCAACCCAACAUCCUAUUUGUUCUAACAGAUGAUCAAGAUUGGCACAUGGAAUCUUUGAAGCACAUGCCACUCCUUCAAAAGUACCUCAUUAAUGAAGGAACACUCUACUCCAACCAUUACUGCACUGUGGCUCUCUGCUGUCCUUCUCGAGUCAAUCUCUGGACUGGAAGAGCCGCGCACAAUACCAACGCAAACGUCUGGGCUCCCUAUGGAGGCUACCCAAAGAUCGUGCGGGAGGGCAUCAAUGACAACUAUCUUCCCCACUGGCUUCAAGCUGCUGGCUAUAACACAUACUACAGCGGAAAGCUCUGGAACCAUCACACCGUGGAAAACUACAACCAGCCAUACGCCGGGGGCUUCAACGGUUCCGACUUUCUUCUGGAUCCCCACACCUAUCAGUACCUCAACGCAACCAUGACGCGAAAUGGAGCACCACCGGUGAACUAUGCUGGACUCUACUCGCCGGAUCUCACAGCUGAAAAGGCCUACGGGUUCUUGGACGAUGCCUUAUCAAACGAAGAGCCUUGGUUCCUGGUCCACGCCCCCAUUGCCCCUCACGGGACAGUUGAUCUGACCCCAAACUUCUUUUCCGAUGCGCCCAAGUACGCAGAGCGACAUACCCACCUGUUCAAGGACUACAUCAUUCCACGAGACGAAAGCUUCAAUCCCGAGGUCCAAGGUGGGGUCAGCUGGGUCAAGGAAUUGCCGCGACUCAACGAUACCGUCAUCGCCUACAAUGAUGAAUACCAGAGAGCAAGGUUGAGGGCGCUGCAGUCUGUGGAUGAGAUGGUCGAGGCUAUGAUUAAGAAGGUUGAAGCCGCCGGUCAACUGGACAAUACGUAUAUCAUCUACACUACCGACAACGGAUAUCACAUCAGCCAACAUCGAAUGCAUCCAGGAAAGGAAUGUGGCUUUGAGACAGAUGUCCAUAUUCCUCUAAUCAUUCGCGGCCCAGGUGUUCCCGCAGGCCAUAUCUCUCAAGCGGUCACAGCUCAUACCGAUCUUGCUUCUACGAUCAUGGGCCUCGCAGGUCGGACCUUGUCUGAUACCGACGGAACCCCGAUUCCACUCAGCAUUGACGCUGAAGCCGAGUCAAAGCAGGAGCAUGUUACUAUCGAGUAUUGGGGACUUGCUAUUCCAGAGGGCAUUUUCGGCUGGUACGGUGACAACAACAUGAGUGAUCCAGGCUAUGGCGCACCGGGACAUGCGGCAGACAAGAAUACUUACAAGGCUAUCCGCGUUAUUGGAGAAAGCUAUAACAUCUACUAUUCGGUUUGGUGCACUAACGAGAAGGAAUUUUACGAUCUCAAGGUCAGAAACCUUCUCUCUAAAGAACACGACUCAACCAGCUACAGUCUUGGUGGACGAUCAUUCAAUCAAAUCGUCACACGCCUCGAUGCCCUGAUGAUGGUUCUCAAGAGUUGCAAGGGCCGCGCCUGUGUUGAGCCAUGGCGAGAGCUACAUCCUUCUGGUGAUGUCAACAGUCUCCUAGAGAGCCUUAAGCCAGAGUUUGAUGCAUUUUACCAAGAACAGCCCAAGGUCAGUUUCUCGGGUUGCAAAGUUGCGUACUUUCCCGAGUUUGAAGGCCCAAUGGAGGUCAACAAGUUUCAGAAGGACUCUGAGGAUGCUUGGUGGUGGCCGAAGGAGCUAAAGAGGGAUGUCUCUAAUAGUGAUAAUAAAUACCGAGGCCAAUGGAGUCAUUGGACUUGA